UGAAAUGCAAAUUUUUAUGAAAUGACAGAUGAAAAGAUACAUACAAUCGGAUAUUUAUACACGGAUAUUUCAACAUCAUGGUAAAUUGAUAAUGUGAAACGGAAUAUAGCUGGAUUUAAACUUUAUUUUGAAUGGUAGUCGCGUGUAUUUAAAAAGAUAAUGAGUAUGUGAAUGAAUGUGUCCUUUUUCUUAACCAAAGAUCGAGUUAACGUUAGGAACAAUUUGAACAAUGAACAUAAAGGAAAGUUUGGAAUUCUCAUCAAGUUACCUCAAUGUCGUGAAUGUAGUUGGUUCACUUCUUGGUUCAUUUGUAAUAAUGAUUAUCGUGAUUUUCGCUUGUGUUUCUCGUAAACAAAAAAAAGAUAGAAACACAAGUCAGGCAAGAAUCGAAGAAUCAGAAAGUGAAUACCAAAUACCAGACGUAAACAGACAUCAACAAGGAGCCACUUCCAGUGAUGGGGUAUACACAGUGCCUGAGCCUAACAUCGUGUAUACAGACUUGGAUGUUUUGGCAUUAAAUUCUGGAGGCGGUAACAACAGAAGAAAGAGCAAUGACCCUCCAACGCAAUACGCUAUCAUUGAUGAGGAAAAAUUGAACGCUGCCAGAAAAAAACGAGAGGAAAGACUCUAUGAAAACGUAAACAUUACCAAUAAUACAAAACAACCAAUUUACGAUAAUUUGGCAGUAAAUGAAAUAAAUGCUUGACAAUUUUCCUUAAAGCUAUAAGACGUUGCUUGGUUGCAGAAUUUUUGAUUUCAAAU